AUAAUAUAUAUCUAAGAAGAAAGAAAAAGCAUAUCAAAAAUCAAUUCUGUAUUCAUAUUAAAUUCCCAUUUGAACUUUAUCUCCUUAUUUGAAGUCGUAGACAUCCUUCACUUUUUUUGCUUCAUUUGAGGGUAUAGUUUUCCAUGAUCAUUAUCUAUCUAUCUCUCUCUCUCUCUCUAUAUAUAUAUAUAUACUACUAGCUGAGUGCUCACUCAUCAUCAAACUUAAGUUACUUAUUACCCAUUUUCUUCCUUUUUCUAAGAAUUAACCAAAAAAAGAAAAAAAAAAGAAGAAGAAGAAGGAAAUACUAUCACUCAAAUGGCAGAUGAUCAGGCUGGGAUCAAGCUGUUUGGAGCAACAAUUUCAGUAAAAGAUAGGCAAGCAAAAGACGAUGAAGGAGUUUUGGAGAACAAAGGAGAUCAAGAAAUUGUGGGAGAAAAAAGGCCAGACAAGAUAAUACCAUGCCCUAGGUGCAAAAGCAUGGAGACCAAAUUUUGUUACUUCAAUAAUUACAACGUUAACCAACCAAGACACUUUUGCAAGAACUGCCAAAGGUACUGGACCGCCGGCGGGGCUCUUCGGAAUGUACCCAUCGGAGCUGGUCGCCGGAAGUCUAAGCCACCGGGCCGUGGCUUACUGAUGGCGGCCGGUUUAUCCGACGGUCUUUUGUUUGAUGACCAUGAUCAUGACCAUCUUCAUGCUUCUUCUGGGGUGGUGCACCAGUUUGAAUUUAAUCACGGCCAUCAUCUGCAUGGCGGGAUAGUGGAGGAGUGGCAAGUUGUGGCGGCGGAGCAAGGAGAUUUCCGGCAUAUCUUUCCGGCAAAGAGGAGGAGGACUACAUCAUCAUCAAGUCAACCUUGCUCGUCUUCUACUCUGUCUUGUAGUUGAAUUAUUCCACGAGGGAAAAAAAAAGGAACAAUAAUUGAUAUAAUGCUAGUUGUUUAAACUUUCUUGAUUAAUGUAGAUAUUAGCUGUCUUAUAGUUUAUUUAAUAAUAUCCAAAACCUUCAUUAACAGUCAGUUUUGAAAACGUCCACGGUAUUAUCCUUUACUCCUUCCGUCCCAUAAUUAUUGUACAGUUUGAUUUUUUCAUUUUUAGUUCAAAUUAUACUAAAUCUGAAAUCUCAAAUUAGACAAUAAUUUUGGGACAGAGUGAGUAAUGUCUAUUUUCUUCAA